CGUUCCACUCCUGCAGUUACUCUGCCAUUCACCUACUUUCUGUACAGGACACCGCACUUGUCUGACUGCAAUCACUGAACUUCUUUUAACAAGGUUUAAUCAGUUACUCCAUAAGGAACAAUGCUGUCAAGGUUAAGAGAUAUUGUGGUUUUAGUGGCCAUUUCCAUUUUCUGGACCAGUUGCCAAGUAAAAGGGGAUUCAACAAACGAGACUUCUACUACUAUAAGCCCUAGUGUCCAGUCAAGUAGCAAUAACGUAAAUCCCACUUUGCAGACUAUCAGUUUCUUAAGUCAAAGCUUGACAUCUUCUGCGCCUGCUACCAGCAUUGAUACAAACCCAACUACAACUGCUUCCACCACUGUAAAUUCUUCUAGUGGUGUCACUUCUCUAAGUACAUCAACUAUAACCGCAAAAAUCAUCACUUCUACAAAUGUGUCCAUGUUAACUACCCAAUCAAGUUCAACAUCACAGAACUCUAGUGUGCUUGACUCCUCUUUAACUACACAUGGACCGAACACAACAGCCAUAGUCUCAAAUGUAUCCAGUACAACAGCUGCAGAAAAUUUUAAAACAGUCAACGCUAUCUCAACAAAUUUCUCCAGUACAACAGGUUCCUCGGAAAACAACACAGUCAUCAACGGGACUACUGCAAAUGUUUCCACCACAGCUACAUCAAGUUUAACCACAGUCAACACCACUUCUAUGAAUGUUUCCAGUAAUUUCACAACAUCUACUUCUAGCACUCCAUUUAAUAAUAGUAGUACUUCGGUAGCUCCUGGUUCAACAGUUACUCCAUCGAACAAUGGCACACUGACCAGUAGUAUUACAACAACAGGAUAUUUGGCAACAACAAACCAAAGUGAAUGGUCAGGAGGCGCUAAAGAUGCAGUGAGUGACACUGGAGUUGUUCUAGGUGCAAUCUUUGGAUCACUCCUAGGAAUUGUUUUAGUCUGCAUAGCUGCCUAUUUCUUAUGUGGAUCAAAUAAAAGCAGAAACUUUUCCCACCGACGACUAUAUGAAGAAAGUAGGAAUGACCCAGUACUACGGUUGGAGAAUCCUGUAAGUCCCUAUGAUGUCAGCUAUGGGGAGUCAUCUUUUUACAACCCCACAGUCGUAGAAGAGGCUCCCUACAAUGGUGUUGCACCACAUGAAACAAUUGUAAUGGAUAGUUUUAAACCCCAUUAAUCAAUGGGACCCAUUUCUAGAGAUUUUCAGAAUUGACAUUCUUCAUGGAAGCCAUUUUGGACUAUUUUGGGAAACUGUUCUACUUUUAUGUUACAGAUG